AUGGCAGGGAGAAACGAUGCAGCAAUUGCUAACGCUAUGACAACAGUAGCACAAACACUAGCACAGGCUAAUGCGGUUAUCCAAGGGCAGCAGGGGGGACCUAAUGAACGCAGACUCGACAGGUUCCUAAGGAGCAAUCCACCUAGCUUCAAGGGGAUGUAUGAUCCAGAUGGUGCACUGAAUUGGCUACAAGGAAUUGAAAAGAUUUUCAGAGUCAUGGAGUGUAUUGAUGAACAGAAGGUCAGGAAUGAGUUCUUAGGGAAGUAUUUUCCAGCUGACGUCCGUAACAAGAAAGAGAUUGAAUUCCUAGAACUGAAACAGGGGACUAUGUCGGUGGCUGCGUAUGCGGCAAAGUUUGAGGAGCUAUCAAGAUUUUGUCCUCAUUACAAUGCAGUGGAGGCUGAACAUUCCAAAUGCUUGAAGUUUGAGAAUGGGCUAAGACCGGAGAUCAAACAAUUUAUAGGCUACCAGCAGAUACAAUGGUUUUCAGAACUAGUAAACAAAUGCAGGAUUUAUGAAGAGGAUAGCAAGGCAAGGGCUAUCCUCAUCUAUAUUGAUGAUGUGCUAUUGUUCUCAAAAGAUGAAAAGACCCAUAAACAAUUAUUGGGUCGAUUCCUUCAAACAACCCAAUAG